UUUCUAUUCCAUUUUUUUUUAACUGGUUAAAGUGACGAACAUGGCGGACGAUAAAGAUGUGGAGGAAAAAACUAUCGCUGAAGAUUUGGUUGUUACCAAAUAUAAAAUGGCAGGGGAUAUUGUUAACAAAAUAUUGAAGCUUGUUAUUGAAAAAUGCGUUCCUGGUGCUUCAGUGAGGGAAAUUUGCAAUUACGGAGACGAGCUUUUAAACGAGGAAACUAGUAAAGUUUUCAAAAAAGAAAAGGAGUUGAAAAAAGGUAUUGCCUUUCCUACGUGUGUCUCGGUAAACAACUGUAUAUGCCAUUUUUCCCCAAUGCCCAGCGAGCCUGAUUGUAUAUUGAAAGAGGGAGAUUUAGCUAAAGUUGAUUUAGGAGCUCACAUUGAUGGUUUCAUUGCAGUUGUAGCUCACACCGUUGUGGUUGGCGCUAAACCUGAUCAAAAAAUCACAGGCAGGAAAGCUGAUGCGAUUUUAGCAGCCCACUAUGCCGCCCAAGCUGCCUUAAGGCUCCUAAAACCCGGCAACGAAACCUACACAAUCACAGAUUCUGUACAAAAAGUUGCAGAAUCCUUCAAUUGCAAACCUGUCGAGGGCAUGUUGAGCCAUCAACUCAAACAAUUCAAAAUUGAUUGUGAAAAAACAAUCAUACAGAAUCCCAAUGAUGCUCAAAGAAAAGAGCACGAAAAAUUCGAAUUGGACAAACACGAAGUGUACGCUUUGGACAUCUUGGUCAGUACGGGCGAAGGUGUAGGCAAAGAAACCGACACCAGAGUGUCAAUUUACAAAAAAACUGACGAGACUUAUCAGUUGAAACUGAAAGCUUCCAGAAUGUUCUACACUGAAGUUAGAACCAAGCACGGCAACAUGCCUUUUAAUUUGAAAUAUUUUGAAGAUGAAACUAAAGCUAAAAUGGGCGUCAAUGAGUGUGUGAAGAAUAAGCUUGUGGAACCUUUCCAGGUUUUGUAUGAGAAACCUAGUGAAAUUGUUGCCCAAUAUAAAUUCACUGUACUCAUCAUGCCCAAUGGACCUCACAAAAUUACUGGUUUGCCUGUUGAUGUAGACUUGUACGAAUCCGAACAUUCAAUAACAAACCCCGAACUCAAGACUCUUCUAAACAGUUCGGCCAACCCUAAACAGGCCAAAAAGAAGAAGAAGAAGUCCGAAAGUAACGCCUCUGAGCCCAUGGAAGUGGAGACUGCAGCUUGACUUUGAAUUUUUUCAUUUUUUUUUUUACUUGCUUUAUCCCCCAGAAAUACAUAUGAUAUAUUUUCUCUGACCCAUUUUAUAAUUAACUCCAGACUAUUUUUUAGCUUAAUAUUGCUGGCAAUUUUCAAGUUGAGAUGUAAUUAAUCUCUUAAUAGUAUUCAUGAUUUUUUGAAAUGUCCAGCGCCCCCCUUCUUACUCUGAUGUUGAAUUUGAAGCUAUUAUAUACUUUGUAAAAGUA